AUGUCAGUGGAACAACCUCUCUACCGCCGCGAUCAGGCCGCGAUGACAGAUCCCACCGGUGCCGAUUCAGCUGCCUUCGCCGCGGCGACCGCUUUCUCACAGCCCGACUUGUUGGCUUUCUCGCUCCCGGAAGAAGAACCGGUCUGGGGUUUCGAGACCAUCGUGCCGGCCAUGGCCUCGUGGCCCAGCAAGAUGGAGCCACAGACCUUUUGCAACCCGAGCAUGGAGGGGGGCUUCAAGAACACUCGCGUCCGCAACGGACAGCCCACGCCGCCUCCCUUUGAUGACAAGAAACUGCAGCCCCCCAUGGGAGAGACGUACCCGCUAGCACCAUUUGUCUUCACCAGCUCCCCACCCGAGUUUGCCCCCCGAAACAGCGCAGCAGCCUCAGCGUCGGCCGCCGCCCUAGAUGACCCCCGGCAGGAGCGGGCGAAGCGGGAAAAGUUCUUGGAACGGAAUCGGUUGGCGGCCAGCAAGUGUCGACAGAAGAAAAAGGAGCACACGAAGCACCUGGAGAUCCGGUACCGCGAGGUAUCCAGCAGGAAAAGCGAGCUCGAGGCUGAAAUCGAACACCUGCGCGGUGAAGUGCUCAACCUCAAGAACGAGAUGCUGCGGCAUGCGCAAUGUGGAGACGAGGCUAUCAAGCUCCACCUCGCCCAGAUGGUCCGCAUGAUCACUUCCAAGGACACCCCCCACCGCGAUGUGGUUUCUCCCGUGCGAUCCCCGGAACAGCACACGGCGGCGACUCCUCACGGGCUGUCGUUCGGGUUCGACGGUCCCAUGCAGCUGCCUUCGGAGAUGGGGUCGCCGUUGGAUCAGCGACGAGCCUCUGAGCAGUCCAUUCUGACCGACUCGUCCUACACAUUUACCACGGAUGACGGGUUUGAAGAGCUAAUUAAUGUUUAA